CAGACAUGCACUGUGAAAACUGAAAACUGAAAAACACAACCAGUGAAAAAAGUAAUGUUUUACUAUGUAGUUUAAACUUGUAAUCAAAUACCUAUUUACUUUAGUACCUGCUAUGCGGUAAAACUACAUAAUAUUAUUGUAGGUACAUCGAUAUUUCCAUUUGCUAUUUUGCAGCGUUCAUUUACAGCUCAGCUGUUCGUGUGUUCGGCUUAUAAUCUUAUAUAUUGCUACUAUGAUUUCACUGGAUAUUUCCGACAUGGCAGGCUGGUGGGCAAUCAUUAUCGCCAUUCAAAUAGUUAUCGGUUCUGUUUAUUUAUGGUUGAAGCGGUCCAAGAAACAUGAGGAUAAAUUAACAUUGGAAAAGCUUUUGGCAUGGAAGCCCUUGCCAUUAAUUGAAUUUGAAAUACCAGUAGAAGAGCCACCAAUGAUGGAAAAUAUUGGCAACAAUGCUCUUAAUGUGGGUGCUACCAGCUUUCUAUGUCUACACAAGGAAGAAAAGAUAAGAGAGAGUGCAAUCAAAUCAUUGCAAAAGUAUGGUGUUGGAUCCUGUGGCCCGAGGGGCUUCUAUGGAACGAUUGAUGUUCACUUGGAGCUGGAAGAGAGAUUGGCAAAAUUUUUACAAGUUGAAGAAACUUGUGUCUACUCAUAUGGAUUUUCUACAGUUUCCAGUGCAAUACCUGCCUAUGCAAAAAAGAAUGAUAUAAUUUUUGCGGAUGAGAAGGUAUGGUUUGCAAUACAAAAGGGUUUUGAUGCAUCUCGGUGUACAGUUAGAUACUUCAAGCACAAUGAUAUGAAUGAUCUGGAGAGGCAGCUACAAGAAGCCAAAGAUAAAAAGGAGCUGAACUCUCGGAGAAGGGCUUUUCUUGUUGCUGAAGGGAUUUAUUUGAACACUGGAGAAAUGUGUCCUUUAAGAAGACUUGUAGAAUUGGCGAGGAGGUUCAAAUUGAGAAUAAUUUUGGAUGAAAGCUUGACUAUUGGGGUUAUCGGCAAACACGGUCGGGGACUCACCGAACAUCUGAAUGUACCAAGAGAUGAAAUAGAUUUGAUUAUUGGGUCCUUAGAGCAUUCCUUUGCGACUGUCGGCGGAUUUUGUGCUGGAAGUCACUUCAUAGUGGAGCAUCAGAGACUGUCUGGAUUGGGAUACUGCUUCAGCGCGUCGCUGCCACCGAUGUUGACUCAGGGCGCCAUCACCGCGCUUGACAUCCUCGAGGAAAACCCCGGCCUCAUCCGCCGCCUCGACGAGAACUCACGGAAACUGGGCCGAGCAUUAUCAACAUUGAAGCACUACCACUUCAGAGGAGACGACGUAUCGCCCAUCAAGCACGUAUACCUCAAAGGUGACCUCGUCGACCGUCUCAAACAUUCCUACCUCAGGAACAUCACCAAGUAUUGCAUGGAGAGGGGUGUGGUGAUGACUACGGCGGCCUACCUCCGCGACGUCGAGGUCAACUGCCCUGAACCUUCUAUCCGGCUGGUCUCCACCACAGAGCUGACUGAUGACAGCAUCGCGAAGAUUUGCGAACUGUUGGACGAGGCCUACACCAUGGUUGGUCCCAAACAAGAUCUGAGACCAGUGAAUUAAUUGUAGCGAUGAAUUGUUAUUGUUGGUUAAGUAUUAAAGAUUUACUUGUUUUAAUUUAUAUUAUACAAUAUUUUUAAUAUG